CAAAAAAUCGGUGAAAAGAGUCUCGUUCUCAUAAGCAUGAGAAGUGUCAGGGCGACAACGACCGGACGGCGAAUUUUUCCGGCGAAAUACUACCGGGAAUCUCCGCUGGAACAAGGCUCUACCGCUCCGUCGCCGGCGGCAUGUAUCGCGGAAGAUCUUCAAGAGCACAUCACGUCUCCGGCUCCAAAGGCUGGGCAGAAGAUUCACGCCGGUCUCAUCAAAACUGGGUUCCGACCUGAUCUGAACAUAUCCAUUAAACUGCUCAUACUUCACUUGAAAUGCGGUUGCUUGAAGUAUGCGCGCCGAGUGUUCGACGAAAUGCCGAAACCAACUUUGUCGGCUUACAAUUACUUGAUCGGUGGGUACCUGAGACAUGGGUUGAUCGGGGAAUUGCUUCUUCUGGUUCGUCGAAUGGCGAUUUCAGGCGAAAAGCUUGAUGGGUUCACGCUUUCGAUGGUCCUGAAGGCAUCUACUGGUUGCUCUACUUCGAUUUUGCCCCGUAGUUUAUGCAGAUUGACCCAUGCCCGGAUCAUAAAAUGUGACGUCGAACUAGACGAUGUCUUAUGUACUUCGCUUGUGGAUGCUUAUGUGAAAAGAGACCAGCUUGAGUGUGCAAGGUCUGUGUUUGAUUCAAUGAAGGACGAGAACAUCAUCUGUUCUACAUCAAUGAUCUCAGGUUAUAUGAAUCGAGGGUUGGUGGAAGAUGCAGAGGACAUCUUCGACCAAACCCUAGUGAAGGAUAUCGUGGUUUACAAUGCAAUGGUGGAAGGAUUCAGCAAAUCCGUAGAAACGGCUAAACGAGCCGUCAUUGUGUAUAUACGUAUGCAACGAGCUGGUUUCCGCCCAAAUAUCUCGACUUUCGCAAGUGUGAUCGGAGCUUGCUCUCUUCUGACAUCCUAUGAAGUCAGUCAACAAGUUCAUGCGCAGAUCAUGAAGACAGAGUCGAUUAAACACGUCAAGAUCGGAAGCUCUCUCCUGGACAUGUACGGGAAAUGUGGAGGAAUCCGAGAUGCGAGAAGAGUCUUCGACGAAAUGCAUGAGAGAAAUGUGUUUUCGUGGACGUCGAUGAUCGACGGGUAUGGAAAGAACGGAGAUCCCGAGGAAGCGCUCAAACUUUUCAGUAGGAUGAAGGAAUUUCGUGUAGAACCCAAUUACGUAACCUUCCUCGGGGCUCUAUCUGCUUGUUCGCACGCUGGAUUAGUCGAGAAAGGUCGGGAGAUAUUCGAGAGUAUGCAGAGAGAUCACUCCAUGAAACCGAAGAUGGAACACUAUGCUUGCAUGGUUGAUCUCUUGGGACGUGCCGGAAAUCUAAAGGAAGCUUGGGAGUUCGUGACGGGGAUGCCGGAAAACCCUAAUUCAGAUGUCUGGACUGCUCUUCUCGGUUCCUGUAGACUUCACGGGGAGGUGGACCUUGCGAAAAUAGCAGCGAGGGAGCUUUUCAAGUUGAAAGAAGCUGAUGAUAGGCCAGGGGCAUAUCUAGCGUUUUCGAAUGCCCUAGCUUCUGCCGGAAAAUGGGAAAACGUUAGCGAGAUUCGGGAAGUGAUGAAGGCCCGAGGUGUGUCGAAAACAAUCGGCCGUAGUUGGGUCGGGACCGAGGCUUGAUAAUGGAGCACCGUUCAGUGUC